AAAGAUAUCUUAUUCAACACAUUCAUGUCACAUCAGAACACAUACACAAACUCUAAUUCCAAGUACAUAAAAAAUCACCAAUUUGCAGUGCAAGCAACGACCAAUUUGUGUCGAUCAAAGUAAACCUUCGAAGCAACGACUACAAUGCACCACACCUCAACUCACUCACAAAAGCCCGGCUCAUCCAAUGAAAACCUUACAAGGAACAACAAGCAUCCUCGAUCGACCCCCUCUCCCUUGCACUCCAAGCAACACCCAAAAUCAACACGUAAAUAUAUGUAUAAGGUCACCAGACCUAAUGAACUCGCCACACAUGCAUAUUUGAAUUUCGGCAUAAAAAAAAAGUCCGUAAGUGCGUGCGUGUAUGCAUGGCAUUUGUUGUCCUGGUGAUGAGGCUAGCGCUAUGUCUUGUGGAGGCAGCCACCCUGGUGCUCCUCCGGGGGCUGGCCCUGGUCGUCGUCGCCGUGGUGGACCUGGUCAGGCUGCCGGGGCAGGCGGCCGACGCGGCGCUCGAGGCGACCAAGGGCGCGCUCGCCGCGGCGGGAGGGUUCGUCGCCCGCCUGGCGUGGGACGUGGCGGCGGCCGUCGUCUCGGCGUUCCUCCAGCUCCUCUGGAGCAUGGUGGCCAGCGCGGCGUCGGCUGUCUCGGAGCUCGUGGAAGCGGCGCGGGACGGCGGCGAGGAGGCGGCCAAGGCGGCCACGGAGGCGAUGGAGGCCGCGGCGGAUGCCGUUGCCGGGAUGGUGCUCAAGAUGGGGGCCAGCUAUAUGGAUGCUCUGGUGCACGCCUUUGAAAACCUCAUCUGAUACGAUCGAUUGAGAGAUGAUGCGUUUCAGGCAACUCAUGCAUGUUCUGUAAUCUGUACAUUGGUGUAGAACUGUAGAUGCAUUUUUUCUUUGACUUGCAGGACUUUAUUGAGGAUGCAAAUAAUUCGUGUUUUUGGCGUCAA